AUCUUGUCCCAAACAUUUACUUGUUCAGCUAUGCGUGUCCACUUCAAGUGCCGAAAUGCAGCGUACCCCGCAACAAGUGUAGAACGUUUCCACGUCCCUGACGACAAGGUCGAUUGGUCCGUGGACUGGCCAGACUACAGGCCUCCGUCUUUCAGCAUACUCGGCCUUAAGUCCAAGCCUUGGGCAGACCCAGAGCUGAGCGACCCUGCAUUCCGGCCUGCCUGGAACAGCCUGGACGGGAAGGUGGACCGGAGGAGCCACGAAGGAGCGUACACGCUGGCAGAGGGCGCACCCCAAAAUCCCCACGGGAGGACUGGGCUUCUGGGCAGGGGCCGGCUGGGACGCUGGGGACCCAAUCAUGCAGCAGACCCUGUGGUCACCAGGUGGAAAAGGGACGCCGACGGAAAUGUGGUCGUGAAUAACACCACCCAGCGGCCGGUCCUGCAGUUUGUGGCAAUCGCUCGCAGGGAUUCGGGAGAAUGGGCCAUUCCAGGGGGCAUGGUUGACCCGGGUGAGCUCGUGACUGCCACUCUGAAGCGGGAGUUCUGUGAAGAGGCCAUGAACAGCCUGGCUCGGGACGGAGAAGACCGGUGCAAGCUAGAGGACUCCAUGGGGGAGUUUUUCAGUAGGGGCACUGAGGUGUACAAGGGGUACGUGGACGACCCCCGCAACACGGACAACGCGUGGAUGGAGACUGUGGCGUACAACUUCCACGAUGAUGCCGGCAACACAGUGGGGAAGUUCUCCCUGGAGGCAGGGGACGACGCUGCUAAGGUCAGGUGGACCGACGUUGGCAAGGAGCUGCGCCUGUACGCAAGCCACUCUGAUCUGCUACAAAAGGUGGCCGACUGCCUCGGCGCACACUGGUGACGACGGAUCAGAUUGCCGGGUGCGACGUAUACAACAUUGUUGCGUCAUGUUUUAUACCCGACGUCAACAUUUUUGUGCGCCAUUCUGGAGGCUGGCUUAGUUUCCACAG